GGCCAAGCGUCACCCGCCCACCCAGGCCAGGCUGCAGUCCACAAGGCCAGGGGGGCCAUCUUCGCCGCCAUGGAGUUCCUAGUGAGCAGAGAAGAGAGAGGCGGGAACUGGGUAGCGGGGAAGGCGAUGGUCGGGGAAGGGAAUGCCAGAAGGAUGCUGGGAGAACGGAACACCACCAGGAGUUGUCAGGUUGCCAAAAGCCAACUUACAGCCGGCAGGACCAGCGAGGCAACGUCCAAGGAGAACCUCGCAACAGUGAUGCCAUCUGGAGAUGCGCUUGUCUACUACGCAGACGGACUCCCACAAGAUACCUUCAAAAUAUGCAAGGAAUUUCUGAGACCAUUCAAGAAAUGUCUCCGGAAGCUGAAUUUGCCCACUGAGCUGCCCAAGGAGAAGAGACUGAAAUGCACACGCAAUAACUUGAUCAUUCUCGGAGAUCACAUCAAUAUGUUCCUUCAGCAUUACUGCAAGACCUGGGAACUGAAGCACUGGAAAAAGAUGCUCUGGAGGUUCGUCUCCCUCUUCUCGGCCCUGGAUGAAAAGCAACUGUGUAAGCUGUACAGAUACAGCAAGACCAACCAGAUGGCCAAGUUCCUGAAGGCCUACUACGGCUUAGACAGCCCCAGUUUGGUUGCUCUACCUGAAAACAGCAGCUUGCUUGAGUUGCACAGUCCUUGGGCCCUGUGCAAAGAUACCAGGGUGCAGGAGAAGCUGAAGCGGAGGCAUUUGCUGUCAGCAGGCAGGGACCAACCUGGAGGAAAAGUCAUUAAGAAGAGGCCCUGUAAGCCUUCUUUAAAGAUAAAGAAGGAACGAACGGACAGAUGUCGCUCUAUCAGGAAGCCACCCGACGGUCAAGCUUCUUCUAGCAUUACAAAAACCCAAGGCAAGGCACUGCCGGCAGUGACACCGGAAGCUUUUUAGAGGCUGCCAGUGUGCUGCAUGGCGAACAUCAGAGACAGACCCGAGGAGAAAGAACCUAGCUCAACUUUCCCAAAUUGCUUUGAGACUUGUACAGAUCCCGUCAGCCGAAGCGAAAGAUGCGACUUGGAGCAUCGUUCCUAGCAUUUAUUAAAUCUAUUGUCUAUGCAGGAUAACAGACUCUCCGCUAGA